CUCCCACCGGAGCCGCAUUGAGACUGUAGGCACCACUGGGCGCCGAAUGGCUGUUUUCUAACUGGGAUCCUCGGUGACGUAUGGCUGCCUGCCCCUUGGCAGCUGUCUUUAUGGACCAGUAGGCAGAGCGAAAUUGACGCUGACAAGACUUUUGCAUCUUGGAAGGGACUGUAAUCUACUGUAGUGAAGAACAGAGCCUCUCAAUCAGACGGGUGUAAAUAAGAGACGGAGGGGAGUCCAAAAGAAAAGGAAGAGGAGGAAAAACAAGUGUGUGUUGGGGGGAACAGGGGGAAAAGCAUUUUUGGUGGAUGGUAUGAAGCCAGCCAUGGAAACUGCAGCCGAGGAAAAUACUGAACAAAGCCAAGAGAGAAAAGUGAACAGCAGAGCUGAAAUGGAAAUUGGCAGGUACCACUGGAUGUACCCAGGCUCAAAGAACCACCAGUACCAUCCCGUGCCAACCCUGGGGGACAGGGCUAGCCCCUUGAGCAGUCCAGGCUGCUUUGAAUGCUGCAUCAAGUGUCUGGGAGGAGUCCCCUACGCCUCCCUGGUGGCCACCAUCCUCUGCUUCUCCGGGGUGGCCUUAUUCUGCGGCUGUGGGCAUGUGGCUCUUGCAGGCACCGUGGCGAUUCUUGAGCAACACUUCUCCACCAACGCCAGUGACCAUGCCUUGCUGAGCGAGGUGAUACAACUGAUGCAGUAUGUCAUCUAUGGAAUUGCAUCCUUUUUCUUCUUGUAUGGGAUCAUUCUGUUGGCAGAAGGCUUUUACACCACAAGUGCAGUGAAAGAACUGCACGGUGAGUUUAAAACAACUGCCUGUGGCCGAUGCAUCAGUGGAAUGUUCGUUUUCCUCACCUAUGUGCUUGGAGUGGCCUGGCUGGGUGUGUUUGGUUUCUCAGCGGUGCCCGUGUUUAUGUUCUACAACAUAUGGUCAACUUGUGAAGUCAUCAAGUCACCGCAGACCAACGGGACCACGGGUGUGGAGCAGAUCUGUGUGGAUAUCCGACAAUACGGUAUCAUUCCUUGGAAUGCUUUCCCGGGAAAAAUAUGUGGCUCUGCUCUGGAGAACAUCUGCAACACAAACGAGUUCUACAUGUCCUAUCACCUGUUCAUUGUGGCCUGUGCAGGAGCUGGUGCCACCGUCAUUGCCCUGAUCCACUUCCUCAUGAUACUGUCUUCUAACUGGGCUUACUUAAAGGAUGCGAGCAAAAUGCAGGCUUACCAGGAUAUCAAAGCAAAGGAAGAACAGGAACUGCAAGAUAUCCAGUCUCGGUCAAAAGAACAACUCAAUUCUUACACAUAAAUGUUUGCCAGAGUGUUUCGGCCGACGUAUUUACAGCUCUGACAAAUCAUCAGACAGCUGCUCUGCAGUACAGAUGUGUAUCCCACCAAACUAAUGUAGAUGUACAAACACUUCACUGUCUGUCUCAAGCUGCUGGGAUGUAUCUCUAGGAAAACCUUCCAGUGGGUAAAUCUUUUUCUUUAGAACAAAUAUUGGAGGUUUCAUGUUAGCCAUUUUAAAAGGCAACACUUUGACAAAAUGAUCGUUCAUACUUUGGGAAUUUGUGGCAUGUUCACAUUUAUUGCUAGGGCAAUUCUACCAAGACACUCAAUGGAAUAUGUCACACUCCUUAAUAGGGACCUGUGACAUGCCAGCAUCAAGGGAUAAGACCAUAAAUUCACAUAUAUGCCAUCUGUCCUCAAGUGUUAUCUACAUAGGAAAUAAAAUGGAAUUGAUGUAAAGUUCCAUUUCUGACAGCUGACAUUUAUUAAACUUUGGAUCAAAGAUAACGUGAUUCUUACGAUUGACUUUUCAAAUUAGCUUUUCUCUCCCAAGUCCAGGACCCAUUAAUUUCCUGAGCCAAUCAGAAAUAUAUUUUUCAAUAAUACUAAAAUUAGCUAUAAUUCUGCUGACCCUACUAUUAAAGAAUCUGGAUGCUGUACUCAUUGACAAGCUUUCCAGAAGCAAUUUUAUAACAGAUUUCAUUUUAACAAAAUACUGAUCCAAUUUUCAUUGUUCUUGAGAAAUGUCAGCUUUGCCUUAAUGAGUAUUUGCUUUACAUUUCUAAGAAUUUAUAUCCUAACUAGAGACCCAAAUAUCUUUCACAGAAUUUUGUUCCAUAAAUGUUUUUCUUAAUUAUAAGAAGUGUUACCUUAUUAAAAUGACCACCAUUCUAAACCAUUUUUCAGUGGUCUGGAUACUAAGUUUACAGUUUCAUACCAACUAUCUAAAACCUAAUUGCAAAUUGACCACAGACCUCUAACCUCCUACUUUUAUAGACUUGAAUACUUAAGUAAUUUAAAUUAGGGUUGGUAUUUCAUUUUUUUCUUAUCUAAAUCUUAGUUUCCUGGAAUAAUAAAGUUUGAUGUUCAGCAAGAAAACUGCUUGAGUUUAAGCCAUUUUCAAAAGAAACUUGCCUUUUACAUUAUUGUGUUCCAGAACAUUAAGUGACUGUAGGUACUGGGUAUUAGUGAUGGUAAACUUUGUGUUGUUCUUUAUGAAAUGAUCCAUAUAACUGUUGGGUGCAUCAGUGCUUUUCAAAGGGGCUGCUUACUAUAGGGUUAACUAUGUAUAUUCAUUGUUAAGAGUUAACUUGUGGUUUGGCUGUUUCCUGGAUUUUAUAACAUAUACAUGUGCAGAAAUGUAUUCAAAUGAAAGGAAGCAUACCUUUAUCAAGAUGCUAUUAAAAUUGAACAUCAAGUAUAAUAUUUCAUUUGGAUUCUUUUUUUGGUUAAUGCCUAAAAAUGCCUAUUUGGGAUUUUGUUUUUAAAUUAAGAGAAGCUCUCUUCUGUGUAGAACAGUUGUUCCAAAAUAGCUUUAGUGUUUUGUUUUCCUGUUGCAUGACAGAUUUAACUAUUCUUUCCAGCAGUGGAGGUGCUGUCAGAGUCCAGUGUUCUAGAAGAGGCAGUGUCUAAAGCCUAAUUUUACUUUUCUAAUUCUGGUAGCUAUUACCAGGAAUUUUUGAAAGUUUUGUUUAAGUAGUCUAAUAUUUUUUAUGUAAAGAGCAUUAAAUUUUGCUAUGUAUAAAUUUUUGUAACCUAACAGUGAAUCAAUAUUUUCUAUCAGUGCCAAGGGCUUCCUGUAGUUCUAUUCAAGUGUUACAAUAAAUAUUUGUAGAUAAUAGUCAAUACUUGUGUAUGCUUAUUUUAAAGAUCUAUUUAGGUGGAAAUAGUUGUGGAUGUACUAAGAGUAAUGAAAUAAAAUUAUAGCUUCAUUCACUUGCCUUUUUACCAUACAUAAAUCCUAUCUUUCUUUGUUCUCAGUAUGGUGUCACUUUUGAAUAAUGUACAGAGUCAAGAUUUCACAUUGGUAUGGAAAUCAAAUCUGUGAGUGCUAAUUGUUUUAUUUCUGGCAAAAAUCUCUUCAGCAAUUAAAGAAAAUAUUAAAUAAUCCACUGGGCUGUACUGGGCAUAAAAGUGCCACUAGCACUUCUGUAGUUCUCUGUAUAAAGUAAUUUUUCUGACUAGUUUUUCAGCAAAUAAAUGCCAGCUACCUAUAGGAUCAACAAGGCUUAAACUUGGGCAAAGCAGAAACAAAAUAAGGGCACGUGUGUAGUUAUUUUUCAAACCAAAGGUACAAAAGUCUAUUGAAAGAUUUACUCUGGAAUACAAAAAAACCUAGUUCUAACAGUUGACUCUCUAGAGUAGCAGAGCUAAAUAUGUUACUUAGGAUUUUAUUUUAUAAUCUGUUUAAACUCUUCUCUCUCAACAUGAUUAUGCAUUUG